CGUGAGGGGCUGAGGCGGCUGUGGUGGCGCGAGCGCAGGGAGCGGACAUUGGGUUCCUGAACCUCGGCGCUGAAGACAGCCAGGCCUCCAGCACAGGGUCAAACAGUGCUGCUUCUUGGAAAAACUGAAAAAGCUCUCUGGACGACAGGGGCCCAGAGCUGAUGGCAGACAAUGUCAGCCACUAACAACAUAGCCCAGGCUCGGAAGCUGGUGGAACAGCUCCGCAUCGAAGCCGGGAUCGAGCGCAUCAAGGUCUCCAAAGCCUCCUCCGAACUCAUGAGCUACUGUGAGCAGCACGCCCGGAACGACCCCCUGCUGGUGGGAGUCCCCGCCUCGGAGAACCCCUUUAAGGACAAGAAGCCUUGUAUUAUCCUAUAGCUCUAUCUUCCCUCUUGCUAGGCUCCUCCCCGACCCCCCCUCCCCCAGCCAGGGCAUCAUUCAGUACACAGUCAAGCAAAACUCUUAGUUCCAAAAGAAAUGCAAAAAGUUGCCAUCACCCAGGUGGGGUAAAAUGUAUCCUCUGGGUUCAGAUGGAUUUUCAGACCCAACAUCACAGCCCUGUCAGGGGCCGGGCUCCACCACCACUUCUGAUGGGGAAUAGCUGAAAUGCCCAAGCGAUGUGGUAACGAUUUUUGAAAACUGCGUUGCCAUUUGAGUCAUGGUCUAGAGCCGAGCUGGGCGGGGAGACGGGAAGGAGGUGGGUGAAU